UCACUGCGGGGGGCGGGGUUUCGCCUCGCGGCGCGGCGCGGCGUGCCGCCCUCCCGGCCGGUGUGCCACGUUGUUCCUGAACGCGUCCCCGCGUCUGGCACGGGGCGGGAAGUCACCGCGCAGCGAAACGAAGCGUAGUAAAAACGCGGGAGGGGCGGCAUGGCGGCGGCGCCGGGGCUGCGGGAGGCGCUGGAGGAGCGGCUGAGGGGUUUGGGCAUCGCCGCCACCACCGCGGAGCACCCGGAGGUGUUCACGGUUGAAGAAAUGAUGCCCCACGUCCAACACAUGAAAGGAGGGCACAGCAAAAACCUUUUCCUUAAAGACAAAAAGAAGAAAGGGUUCUGGCUGGUGACUGUCCUGCACGACAGGCAGGUCAACUUGAACGAUCUUGCGAAAAAACUUGGCCUCGGAAGCGGAAACCUCAGAUUCGCCGAUGAAAACGCCAUGCUGGAAAAGCUGCGGGUGGGCCAAGGCUGUGCCACGCCGCUGGCCCUCUUCUGCGACCGCGGCGACGUGAAGUUCGUGCUGGAUGCUGGCUUUCUGGAGGGCGGCCAUGAAAAGGUGUAUUUUCAUCCGAUGACAAAUUCUGCGACCAUGGGCUUAAGCCCUGAAGAUUUUCUGAAGUUUGUGAAAUCGACGGGCCACGAUCCGAUCAUUGUGAGGUUUGACGAAGACGUUCAGUAGGUGAGGAUCACGUGGCUUGGCAUAGGUUUUAUAGCGCAAAACUGGUGGAAGUCUCAUAAAUGCGACUUGGAAAAACUGGCCUGCUCUUUUGUACAUGGUAUAAUUUGGUGAAAAAUACGCUCAAGUUAUUGAAAAUUCAACAGAAUAUUCUUGAGAAGAUGUCUGCAAUCUACCAGCAUCCAGCAAGACGAAGAAACGUUAUUUAAAUAAUGUUAUGUUGAUUAAUAAAAUGGAUUAAGUGGAA